UGUUGGCUCAAGCCGCGGUGCCGCAGCCGGGGCGCGCUCCGUUUGGUGCGCGGCGCCCGCCUCGCGUCGGGCCCAUGGCGGCGGGCCAUGGCAUGCGCCGGCUUGCCGCCGUGCUGCUGGCGUCGGGUGUGGCCGCGCAGGACACCACCACUGCAACAUCGACCAGCGCGGAGGUCGUGGAGCCCACCCCGGCGCCCAGCCCGCAGCCGACCGCGUGGUCCAUCGCGGACGACGGGCCGCUGUGCGGCGUCACGACGCGCCCGCUGACGGAGGACCCGCAGAGGCGCUUCUGCUUCAAGCAGUGCCGAGUGGAGCGGGACGGCACGGUGAGGCCGAAGUUCAAAGAGUGGGUCGACUACUGCGAAGACACGGCCGUCAUGGAGGACUGGGACGAGGAGUGCAAGGCGUUCUUCGCCUGCAAGUACGGCUGCGAGGUGUGGGGUGGAGAUCGCGGAACCAUCCUCGACGCGCAGGCCGAGGACCGCACGGACGUCAUCCAGAACACCGAGGCCGAGAUGUACAUCGCCGGCAUGACGCAGGAGAAGAAGUGCAUCCUGGAGAAGUGCAACUCGUAUUGCGCCAGGGAGGCAUUCGGCUCAUGCAAGGAGGCGCAGUUCCAGCAGGAGUGCGACGCAGGCAACUACCACCUGUUUGGCUGCGACAUCGACUGCAGCACGGCGGCCCCGCUGGCCCGACAUGCCUUGGCCGCCGCAGCCGCGCUUGCGCUUCUUGCGGGCGUGCUGGCGCCGCCGCCAUCGUGAGGACGGGCUGAGGGUCUCACGCUUAGGGCUUAGGUAGGGUGCAGUGCCGAAGGCAUCCGCCUCCGAUGGCUCCUCUGGCGCCUGGAGCUGGACUUGGACCGCCUGCCAGGUCGACGGCGUUGUCGCGGACGUAGCCUGCCGUGACCGCCAUGGAAUGCUGUAAGAAAA